UAAGCAUGGAAGAAGAAGACGAAGAAAAGAAGUUCUCAGAGGGAAACGUUCACGAUGUUACUGACAAGCCUGAGAGUAGAAUAGAUGCAUUUGAUAUAGGGAACCCUAGUUUCCUUGCUGAUGAAAACUCUCAGGCAGGUUUACAAGCGAUUAGUUCAGUUGAUGCAGUCCUCAAAGACGACCAUUUCGAGCAAGUUUCACUAAGAGAGGAAUCAACGAGUAUAGAUUCUCUGCCUCAAUCACCAAAGCCAAAGGCUACAAUGCAAAACGUUUCUCCAGAGCUGUUGCAUCUAGUUGAUUCAGUCAUCAUGGGCAAACCUGAAAGCUUACACAAACUGAAGAAUCUUGUUAACGGUGUUGAGAAGUUCGAGCCUGGAGAGGAUCCAGAGACUACUGCCUUCCUUGUUAUCGAUUCUCUUCUCGCUACCAUGGGUGGUGUAGAGAGCUUUGAGGAGGAUGAAGAUAGCAACCCACCUAGUGUCAUGUUGAACUCUCGUGCCGCCAUUGUAUCCGGCGAGCUUAUCCCUAGCCUUCCUUGUGAUAAUGACAGUGUUAGCUUCAUGUCCCCUAGGACACGCAUGGUCCGAGGAUUGCUUGCGAUUCUACGUUCUUGCACGAGGAACAGGGCUAUGUGUUCAAUGGCGGGGCUGUUAUGUGUUCUCUUGAGAUCACUCGAGGAGAUACUUUCCAAAGACCCUAAAAUGAAGUGGAACGCAUCACCUUUGUUUCAAUGUAUUCAACACUUAGCUGGACACUCACUUAACGUGGAAGAUUUGCAUAGAUGGCUUCAGAUUCUUAAAACAUCUCUUUCAAGCCCAUUGAUGAAUGCUUUGGAGAAGGCAAUGAGUGGUAAUGAAUCAAGAGGACCAGCGUCUAGUUUUGAGUUCGUUGGUGAAAGCUCAGGGCUACUUGGUCCAGGAGAAACUCGUUGGCCUUUUACUAACGGCUAUGCAUUUGCAACUUGGAUUUAUAUUGAAUCAUUUGCUGACACGCUAAACGCUUCAACCGCUGCAGCUGCCAUCGCUGCUGCUUCAGCGGCUAAGUCAGGAAACACAUCUCCUGCUAAUGUACAUACUGGUGAAGAUACUGGUCAUAUGCCACGUCUCUUCAGCUUCUUGACUCCUGAUAAUAACCAAGGAAUAGAAGCUUAUUUCUACGCACAGUUUUUAGUAGUUGAGAGUAGUAAUGGGAAAGGAAGUAAAUCUUCAUUGCAUUUCACUCAUGCCUUUAAGCCUCAGUGUUGGUACUUCAUUGGCCUUGAACAUACAUGUAACCAAGGACUCUUAGGUAACUCAGAGAGUGAACUGCGUCUCUAUAUCGACGGUUCCUUGUAUGAGACUCUUCCCUUUGAGUUCCCUCGUAUAUCCAAACCGCUUUCUUCGUGUUGCAUUGGUUCAAAUCCUCCUCCUCCUCCUACAACUCCUGGUAGACAGCACCGUCGUCGUCGCCAGUGUGCUUUGUUUGCUGAGAUGGGACCAUUUUAUAUCUUUAAAGAACCUAUUGGUCCUGAAAGAAUGACAAGAUUGGCAUCUAGAGGUGGUGAUGUUCUGCCUUGUUUUGGUAAUGGGGCAGGUCUUCCAUGGUUGGCUACAAGUGACCAUGUCCGAACUGCGGCAGAUGAAAGCUGUCUUUUGGAUACUGAGCUUGGAGUACACAUUCACUUACUUUACCACCCAUGUCUACUUAAUGGGAGGUUUUGUCCGGAUGCUUCUCUGUCUGGAGCUACAGGUACUUUAAGACGACCAGCUGAAGUGAUUGGACAAGUCCAUGUUGCAACAAGAAUGAAGGCAGUGGAGUCUUUCUGGGCCUUAGCUUAUGGAGGACCCAUGUCUUUGCUUCCUCUAACCGUUAGCAAUGUGGUUAAAGAUAGCUUGGAACCAUCUUCUAGAGAUCUCCCACUGUCUUUACCAACAUACUCACUUGCUGCACCUAUCUUUAGAAUCAUCUCACUUGCUAUCCAACAUCCUGGGAACAAUCAAGAGCUCUCUCGUACUCGAGGCCCUGAGAUUCUUGCCACCAUCCUUGGUUACCUUCUUCACUCACUUUCAUCUCUUAAAGUAGAAGAUGAGGAGCUAGUUGCUUCCAUUGUUUCGGUUUGUCAAUCUCAAAAGAUCAAUCAUUCACUCAAAGUGCAGCUCUUCCGGACACUACUAUUGGAUCUAAAGAUAUGGAGUGUGUGCAGUUACAGACUUCAGAAGAAGCUCUUGUCAUCCUUGCAAGAUAUGGUGUUUACUGAAGCUACAGCUAUGAGAAACGCUGAUGCUAUUCAGAUACUUUUAGAUGGGUGUAGGAGAUGUUACUGGACGAUUCAAGAGAAAGACUCUGUGAACUCUUGUUCUCUAGAUGGGGAUGUGCGUCAUAUGGGAGAAGUUAAUGCUUUGGUUGAUGAGCUUUUGGUGAUUAUUGAGCUUUUAAUGGGAGCAGCUUCUCCUUCCUUUGCUUCUGCUGAUGUUCAUCGGUUACUGGGCUUUAUAGUUGACAGUCCACAGCCAAAUCAGGUUGCAAGAGUAUUGACUCUCAUGUUUAGGUUGGUUGUACAGCCUAAUGCUGCAAAGGCUCAGACAUUUGCAGAGGCAUUUAUCACAUCUGGUGGGAUAGAAACACUUCUUGUUCUGCUGCAGAGAGAAGCUAAAACAGGUGAUGACAAUGUUGUAGAAUCUGUGGCUAAGGAUGGAACAAGCGUGCAGAAUGAUAAUAGUGAACAUGAUCAGGACAAUGAGCCUAGUAUGUUGAAGCAGCUGGAUUCAGUUCCACAAGAAACUCAUGGUCAUGAUGAUAUGAAAGAAACAGAUUCAGUUCAACAAGAAAAAGUUCCUUGUGAAAGUGACUCAGUUACCAUCUCAGAAACCAUGAAUGCUGAUGACAGAACAUCCUCUGUUUCUGAAGCCUUGUUGUUUAGUAAUAACACAAGGAACAAUGCGAGAAGCAAUGUUGAUGAUAGUGACCGGGUAGUGGUUGGGAUCAUAAGAUUGGUAGGUGCCUUGAUUUCACAAGGGCACUUGAAACUUUCACUCGGUGCUGAAUCUGAUGUCAUGAGUAACCUCAUGGGUAGUGGGAAUGGAACAAUGUUUGAUGAUAAAGUCUCACUGCUUCUGUUUGCUCUGUUGAAAGCAUUUCAAGCAGCUCCAAACAGGCUGAUGACCGACAAGGCCUAUAAAUCUUUGCUUGGAGCUUCGAUUAAAGCUUCAUCAACUGAGGAUGGCCUGAAGUUUUAUGAUUCGGUUCAUCGAUUUGAACACCCUCAGCUUCUGUUAAUCCUCCUGCGUGCUCUACCAUUUGCAUCUAAGGCUCUACAAAAUAGAGCACUUCAGGAUAUUCUGUUUUUGGCUUGUACUCAUCCGGAAAAUAGGGGCAGUCUGACAAAAAUGGAAGAGUGGCCUGAGUGGAUCUUGGAGAUUUUGAUCUCAAACUACGAGAAGGAUGCAGGGAAACAGUCUGCUUCACCCGGUACUGCUGAAGUGGAAGAUCUUAUUCAUAGCUUCUUGAUCAUAAUGUUGCAAUAUUCAAUGCGCCAGAAGGAUGGCUGGAAGGAUAUUGAGGCUACAAUUCAUUGUGCAGAGUGGCUCUCUAUUGUUGGUGGGUCUAGCACUGGAGAGAAACGAAUAAGGCGUGAGGAAUCACUACCAAUUUUUAAAAGAAGGCUUCUAGGUGGAUUGUUAGACUUUGCCACCAGAGAACUACAAGCUCAGACUCAAGUCAUCGCUGCAGCAUCUGCCGGUUUUGCAGCAGAGAGUCUAGCACCAAAAGAUGCAAAAGCUGGAGUAGACAAUGCUGCUCAGCUUUCAGUGUUUCUUGUUGAAAAUACAAUUGUGAUUUUGAUGCUUGUUGAAGACCAUUUGCGACUACAAAGCAAGCAAAACUGUGCUGCUAACGCCAUCGAUGUUUCUCCAUCUCCUCUUUCUCUUGUUUAUCCUAUUAACAACAGUUCACGCACAUUGACAACGGUAGUAGAAUCCUCAGAGGUUUCUAGUAGCCGUGCUUCAGUGUCCAGUGAUUCAGGAGGGGUUCACUUAGAUAUACUUGCUUCAAUGGCUGAUCCAAGUGGCCAGAUUUCUACAGCUGUAAUGGAGCGUCUUGCUGCUGCAGCAGCAGCUGAGCCCUAUGCAUCAGUUUCUUGCGCCUUUGUUUCAUAUGGAAGCUGUACCAUGGACUUGGCUGAGAGUUGGAAGUACAGGAGCAGAUUAUGGUAUGGUGUUGGUCUCCCUCCAAAACCAACUUGUUUUGGUGGUGGUGGAAGUGGUUGGGACGCUUGGAGAUCUUCUUUACAAAAAGAUGCUAAUGGAAACUGGAUAGAACUUCCACUGGUUAAAAAAUCAGUAUCCAUGCUUCAAGCUUUGCUCCUAGAUGAGUCUGGACUUGGAGGUGGACUAGGAGUUGGUGGAGGGUCUGGUACUGGGAUGGGAGGGAUGUCAGCGCUUUACCAGUUGCUGGAUAGUGAUCAGCCUUUCUUAUGCAUGCUUAGGAUGGUGCUCUUGUCUUUGAGGGAAGAAGACCAUGGUGAAGAUAGUCUGUUGAUGAAAAAUCUAAGUUCUGAAGACGGUUCUUCUGGUGGAGUGCAGUGUCCAGAUCCUGUCCAAUCAGAUAUCAGUUCUCAGCUCUCACCAUCAGCUUUAUUGUGGAGUGUGCUCUCUCCGGUUCUAAACAUGCCAAUAUCUGAUUCAAAGAGGCAGAGAGUCUUGGUUACUACAUGUGUUCUAUAUUCUGAGGUAUGGCUUGCUGUCAGUAGAGACAAAAGGCCACUAAGAAAGCACUAUCUAGAAGCUAUUUUACCGCCAUUUGUUGCAAUUCUCAGAAGGUGGAGACCUCUUCUUGCUGGCAUUCAUGAACUUUCCACCGGUGAUGGUGUGAACCCCCUUCUAGUUGAUGAUCAUGCUUUGGCUGCUGAUGCACUUCCCAUUGAGGCUGCUCUCUCUAUGAUAUCUCCAGAGUGGGCAGCUGCUUUUGCAUCUCCACCUUCUGCAAUGGCACUAGCCAUGGUGGCCGCAGGAGCAGCUGGUUGGGAAGCUCCUGCACCACCAGCGCCACCAGCUCUUAGAAGAGACACUUCAUUGCUUGAACGUAAGACUACAAAACUUCAAACCUUUUCCAGCUUCCAGAAACCCUUGCAGGCUCCAAAAGAUGACACACCAGGUAGACCAAGAGAUAAGGCUGCUGCAAAAGCGGCUGCUCUGGCUGCUGCAAGAGAUCUUGAACGCAAUACCAAGAUUGGUUCUGGGAGAGGCUUAAGUGCUGUUGCCAUGGCCACGUCCUCGCAGAGGAGGACUAUCAGUGAUAUGGAGCGUUUACAGAGAUGGAAUGACUCUGAAGCCAUGGGAGUAGCGUGGAUGGAGUGUCUUCAGCCAGUGGAUACAAAGUCAGUUUAUGGGAAAGACUUUAAUGCCUUGUCUUACAAGUUUAUUGCUGUGCUUGUUGCUAGCUUUGCCUUAGCACGGAACAUGCAGAGAUCUGAGAUUGACAGGCGUAUACGAGAUGAUAAUAUAGUGAGAAACCGCUUAUGCAUGGGAGUUCGUGGCUGGAGAAAACUAGUACGUUACUUGGUAGAGAUGAGAUGCUUCUUUGGAUCCUUUGGAGAACAUUUAUGCAGUCCUAAACAAGUGUUCUGGAAACUGGAUUCUAUGGAAAGUUCUUCGAGGAUGAGACAGUGUUUAAGGAGGAAUUAUUGUGGUACUGAUCAUCUUGAUGCAGCAAGAAACUGUAAUGAUCAGACAGACAACUUGAGUUCUCCAUCAACAGUACAGUUUCUUGCUGCUGAAGCAAUAUCAAAGGAGAUAAUGAUGUAUGAAGAUGAUGAACAUGAUGGAGAUGAAGAUGAUCUUGAAAUAGAGGGAGAUGUUGGAGAACACAAAAAUGAAGAGAGGAUGUCUGGUUCACUUGAGGAUGCAAUACAACUAUCAACUGGAAUCAGUGAUCCUAGACCAUUGAGUGACCAGGAUGUGGUUCAGGAUUCUAGAGAAGUAGUUCUCAAGGAACUUAAUGAAAGGAUUGUUCUUGAACUUUCCUCUUCUAUGGUCCGACCACUAAGGGUUGUGAAAGGAACCUUUCAGAUUACAACAAGGAGGAUAAAUUUUCUUGUUGACAUCAGUGAAGGCCAACAUGCGGACGGUAAGUCAGAUGGCUCAGGAAACCAAGAAAGAGAUCGUAGUUGGCUAAUGUCUUCUCUUCAUCAGAUUUAUAGCAGAAGAUAUCAACUGAGAAAGAGUGCUCUUGAAAUAUUCAUGGUCGACCGUUCAAACUUCUUAUUUGAUUUUGGGAACACUGAGGGAAGAAGAGAUGCAUAUAAGACUCUUGUUCAAGCAAGGCCUCCUCAUUUAAACCAUAUAUACUUGACAACUCAGAGGCCAGAACAGCUUUUGAGAAGAACUCAGUUAAUGGAACGAUGGGCUAGAUGGGAGAUCAGCAACUUUGAGUACUUAAUGCAGCUCAACACAUUAGCUGGACGUAGUUAUAAUGACAUCACUCAGUAUCCUGUCUUCCCAUGGAUCCUGUCUGACUAUGUAUCAGAAGUUCUGGACCUUUCAAAUCAAUCUAGCUACAGAGAUCUUUCUAAGCCAAUUGGUGCACUGAACCCGGAGCGGCUGAAGAAGUUUCAAGAACAGUAUUCAAACUUUGAAGAUCCAAUCAUCCCCAAAUUCCAUUAUGAUUCACAUUACUCUAAUGCUGGAGCAGUGUUGUAUUAUCUAGCAAGAGUGGAAUCUUUUACGACCCUUUCAGUUCAACAACAAGGUCCAGACCGAAUGUUUUCAGACAUUGCAGCCACUUGGAAAGGAGUUCUCCAAGAUAUGAGUAAUGUCAAGGAGCUGGUUCCAGAAUUGUUUUACCUUCCUGAGGUGUUGACCAACGAGAACUUGAUCAACUUUGGUACAACACAAUUGGCAGAAAAGCUCGGUUCUGUAAAACUUCCUCCUUGGGCUAAGAACCCUAUAGACUUUGUACACAAGCAACGAAUGGCUCUAGAGAGCGAGCAUGUCUCUGCACAUUUGCAUGAAUGGAUUGAUCUCAUUUUCGGGUAUAAGCAACGUGGUAAAGAAGCUACACAGGCGAAUAAUGUUUUCUUCUACACUACAUACGAGGGGACUGUUGAUAUUGAUAAGAUCAAGGAUCCUGUACAACAACGUGCUACUCAGGACAAGAUAGCUUCUUUUGGACAAACACCAUCUCAGCUAUUGACUAUGCCUCACAUCAAAAGAAUGCCUUUAAAAGAUGUCCUUCAUAUGCAGACCAUCUUUAGGAACCCAAAAGAGAUAAAACCAUAUCAUGUUCCAACUCCAGAACACUGCAACUUACCUGCUUCAGCCAUCAAAGCCACUUCUGAUAGUGUUGUGGUCGUUGACAUGAACGUGCCUGCAGCACAUAUUGCACAUCACAAGUGGCAACCUAAUACACCUGAUGGCAACAAUGCUCCUUUCAUCUUUCAUCACGGGAAGGCUGGAGGGGCAAUAACACGCAUGUUCAAGGGUGAUUCAGAUUACCCUCAAGCACAAGCAUUUGCUUCAUUAGGAAUCCGAAGUUCAUCAGUCACUACUAUUACAAGCGAUGGAGAAGUUAUAACAGGUGGACAUGUGGAUAACAGCAUCAAGCUAGUCUCAUCCGAUGGAGCAAAAACACUAGAAACAGCUUUUGGUCACUGUGGUCCUGUAACAUGUCUAGCAUUGUCUUCAGAUAGCAACUUCCUUGUGACAGGUUCACGAGACACAACUCUUUUACUGUGGAGACUUCACAAGGGAGUCAAUUCUCAGACAAGUGAGUCAGAACAGAACAAAAGCUCUGAUACAGUACCUUCCUCCACAAGCAACACCAAGAAGCGUCGCAUUGAAGGGCCAAUACAAGUGCUCCAUGGCCACUUAAGAGAAAUUAUUUGUUGCUGUGUUAGCUCAGAACAAGGGAUAGUUGUAUCGUCCUCUGAGUUAUCAUCUGAUGUGUUAUUGCAUUCUAUAAGGAAUGGUCGACUAAUAAGAAGGCUUGUUGGCGUCAAGGCACAUGCUCUUUGUGUUUCUUCUGAUGGUGUUAUCGUUGUUUGGAGUAGAUCAGAUAACUCUAUCAGCACGUUCACCAUUAACGGAGCUCUCAUUGCCAAAGCAAAGCUUCCUUCCUCAUGUACCAUAAGCUGCAUGGAACUAUCCAUAGACGGCCAAAGUGCUGUGAUUAGCGUGAGCUCAUUCUCCGACACUGUUGAAGAAGAUUCAUCAAGUGGAACCAAUGAAUUUGAGACCCUGAACAUCCCAUCUCCUUCAGUUUGCUUCCUCAACUUAUACACUCUCAAGGCAUUCCAUGUGAUGAAGCUUGGUGAAGGCCAGGAUGUAACAGCUGUGGCUCUGAACACAGACAACACUAACCUCUUAGUUUCCACUGAGGAUAAACAGUUGAUAAUCUUCACCAAUCCUUCUCUAAGCUCAAAGGUGGUGGAUCAGAAGCUGAAGCUUGGCUCUGAAUGAAAAUGCAACCGACCUUUUUUUUCAUAAGAUUCUGUUUGUUGUUUGUGAUGAAAUAAAUAAAGUUUAGAGUUGAAAUUUGAAAAUAUGUUUUUAUUCGUAUAAAAAGAGAGUAUAAACUUU